CGAUGCCACGCCGGAUCCACAUAGGCAUUUCAACAAAGACCCAUGUAUCUCAUUGUUUGGUUCCCCACAAAUGCCCCACACGCUCACCAUUUGUCAUUUGUUCAUUCACACGAGAGACACUAAAUAGCGCAUCCAGGUUAGGGCAUCUCCAAAACCCUCUUCUCCCUCUCGAAUGCCUGACCCUGAUUGUUUCUCCCUCACUAGAGCAUCUUCUCCUUCUCCGGCACUGGCACCUACAAUGGCAACCAGCGAUAUCAGAGAAACUGGUGGCAGAGUCAUCUUCUCCUUCUCCAACACCUACAACGACAACUGGCGGUACUCUCCAUCCCACCUUUCACCUCAUUGUUUAUUUUUUCUUCUUUUUUCUAAUUUUCCAGAUAUCAGAGAAAUCGGUCUCCUUCUCCCACACUGGCACCAAGAUCCCCAACACCAAAUUCUAUCAAAGGCAUGCAUUCCCUCUUCAACUCCAAAUGUUUGAUAGAGUUUUGGCUGUGCACAAUUACUGGUUAGCAGCGCCGCUGCAACUUCAACAAGGAGCCAAAGUUUAUGGUUGAAACCACCAACUACCACGAGAGGAAUUUGCAUUGUGCCUUAGUACUAAAACAUUUACAGGCUUACACCACUAAUUUCAAUACAGCUCACAUGUAUAUGGGUCAGCCUCAGCAGUAGUCAGGUCAGCCCCACUCACUGAAACCUAAUUUAAAGCCUUUUGAGAAUGGAAUAAAGAAAGUUGCCGGUGCCAGAGAAGGAGACCGGUUUCUCUAAUAUUUGGAAAACAAAAGAAUCAGAAAAAAAGAAGAAAAAAUAAACAAUGAGGUGAAAGGUGGGAUGGGGAGUACCGCCGGU